UAUCUCUUAUCUUAUCCAAAAAUUCCAAAGUUUGCCCCGCGAUGAACACCACAGAAAUUAUCGCCAAUCUAAAUCCCCAAACAUUGGGUAAACAUCAUCAUGUCUUCAGACGCAACGGCUCACAAGCCUAUUCACAGCCUUGUACUUGAUACAGGUCCUCUCAUCAAGAACGAUCCUCCCGCGAAUACUCUCCGAGCGAAAGCUGAACAACUCUACACACUUCCCUGCAUUAUUUCCGAAAUUCGAGAUGCUGCCACACGAGCACGAGUAGAGACGACUCUUCUACCUUUCAUCACCCUACGAUCGCCGAACCCCGAAAGUGUCAAGGUAAUUCGGGACUUUGCAAGAAGAACAGGAGAUUUGGCUGUUUUGAGCAAGCCUGAUAUUGACGUUUUGGCGUUGGGGUAUGAGUUGGAGUGUGAGCGAAAUGGAGGUGAUUGGAGAUUGAGAAAGACGCCUGGUCAGAAGGGUUUGAAUGGAAAGCCAAACAAGCCUGCUGAAGGUGACGUGAAGGCUGAGGCAGAGACUGAGAAGGUCGAAGAGUCUCUGGAGAAGGCUGUUGACAACCUGACAAUCGAGAACCCUGUUGAGCAGCCUAUCGGCGAGUCCAGUCAGUCUACAGAGGCAAAGGAAGCUGUUGCAGAGACUGUCACUGAGCCAGAGUCGAAGGACACAGAUGUCACAGAUGUCACCGAAGAGACCGCCAUCCAAAACGCGACCGCAGAGAAUGCGCUUGCGGGCGAAAAGGCCGAUGAAACAAUUGAAGCUGUUGAAGAAGCAUCCGAUGGCGAAGCAUCCGAUGAUGAAGGCGGCUGGAUCACACCCUCAAACCUCAAGAAACACCAAGCAGCAGACACUGGAGCGACACCCUCAGCGCCCGUUCAAAAGACCCUUCAAGCCGCCGUUCUCACAUCCGAUUACGCCAUGCAAAACGUCGCUCUCCGAAUGAACCUCAACCUCGUCGCACCAUCCCUCGCACGAAUCACACAUCUCAAGAACUGGGUUCUCCGUUGCCACGGCUGCUUCAAAAUCACAAAAGAAAUGAACAAGCAAUUCUGUCCUUCUUGCGGUCAACCUACUCUCAACAGAGUAAGCUGUUCAACCGAUGAGCACGGCAACUUCAAGAUCCACCUCAAGAAGAACUUUCAGUGGAAUAACCGUGGAAAUGUCUACAGUGUUCCCAAGCCUGUUCACGGAUCUGCGAAUGGUCGUCUUCCUAAAAAUGCAGGCGGCAAAAAUGGUUGGGGAAAUAAUCUCAUCUUGGCGGAGGAUCAGAAGGAGUUUACGAGGGCGGGGGAGGAACAGAGACGUCAGAGGAAGAAGGAUACCAUGGAUCAGGAUUAUUUGCCCGAUUUAUUAACGGGUCAUCGUGCAGGAGGCGGUCAAAAGAUUCGUGUUGGAGCCGGACGAAAUGUAAACUCGAAGAAGAAACACUAGAAGUAGA